AUGCAGUUGGACUCUUCACAACGAGUUUUCAUUGUGUUAAAAAUUCAAUUAGCGAACGCCUUAGAAAUCAAAUUGACGGAACGAUUUGAGCAGCGUUACUGCAUCAAAUUUUACCAGAAACUGGGCGAUUGCCAGGUGGAAGCCAUUCGAAAGAUUCGAACGGCUUUCGGUGGCGAUGCUAAGGGCAUCACACAGAUUAAGGAGUGGUUCCAUCGGUUUAAAAACGGUCGCACAUCGGCGGAGAGCAAGCCACGCUCUGGUCGGACAUCAACAUGUCGAAAUGAGCAUGUCAUUGCCAAAGUGGACGCUGUGGUGAUGCGGGACCGUCGUGUGACUAUCCGAGAAAUUGCAGAAGAGGUAGAUAUCAUCACUUUUUCGGCUCAAUUCAUUGUGACCGAAGAUUUGGUCAUAAAGAGAGUGGCGGCUAAAUUUGUGCCGAAGCUGCUGACGGUGGAGCAAAAGGAACUUCGCGUUGAAGUCUCACAGGACAUGCUGGACUCCAUAAACAGUGAUCCUGACUUCAUGAACACCAUUAUCACUGGUGAUGAGUCCUGGGUGUACAGGUACGACCCGGAAACCAAAAUGCAGUCAUCACAGUGGAAGCAUUCCACGUCACCAAGACGUAUUCAAAAACCGACGAUAGCAUGUUAA